AUGCUGGAGAGCAGAGGAAUCGGAAUGAGAGGGAUGAUGAUUGAAGAAAUGCAUCAAAACCAAAGAGGAAUAGGAGAAGGAGGUCAAGUAGUGUUGACUUCAGAUCCCAAACCUCGCCUCCGUUGGACUGCCGAUCUUCAUCAACGCUUCAUUGACGCCGUCUCUCAGCUCGGCGGUCCCAAUAAAGCCACCCCGAAGGCCAUCUUGCGUACGAUGAAUGUCAAGGGAUUGACCCUCUUUCACUUAAAGAGCCACCUUCAGGUUUUCAUUCUCAUCUUUUUUGGUCGAAUGGGAUCUUGUAUGGAACUAAUCUUGAUGUGCGAGUAUAUCGACAUUUCUUGCUGUCAAAAUUUGCAGAAAUACAGACUGGGCAAGCAAUCAGGGAAGGAUAUGAAUGACACAUUCAAAGAUGGUAGGUCCUGUUACUGUUUGCCGUUUGUGCUCCUUUAUAGUGGGUGA